AUGUCAAUAACAAAAUUACGGUCUCUCACGGGCCGUUCCAGCUCAAAAUGUAUCUCGCGACUUUACUCGAAUGAAGUCCACGAACCUAAUUUCAGUGAUAAUGUAGAUAUAUUUUUACUGUCGUUUUCCCUCCUAGAUCUGUUGACAGAUCCAUGGGCGAACCUUGCCUUCGAAGAGUGGUUAUUUAGAGAUACGAACAUAGCAAAUACUAUACUAUAUUUAUGGAGGAACACUUCAUGUGUAGUAAUCGGGAGAAAUCAGAAUCCAUGGAAAGAAUGUAACGUGCAUCUUCUAACCCGUCCUACUCUGAUAGCUCUUAUUUUCGGGUUUACAAUCCCUCCGGCAUACAAACGUCACAAUGUACUUGUUGAUGAGAAACUUGGAAAAGCACGAGAGAUCUUUAAUGCCAACUGGGAUCGUGCUGCCGGAACCCUUAAACAUCACACUAAAGGUGUCGUUGAGAAAGGCAGAUCUUUAGCUGCGAAAAAAGGUUUUAUCUCAGAAGAGAAGGUAUCGAAAGAAGAAUAA